AUGUCAAUUUCGAACAAACGCAGAACGCUCGCCAUUAUCCGCCCUGAUGGAAGUACCAGUCGCCCGCAUAUUUCGUACGAAACAGAUUUCCCUGUGGCAGACGGUUAUUCCCGACACGCAUACGUCCACAACAGCUCAAAUUCUUCCUCCGAGAGUGUCACUUUGGUGCCUGUUCAACCGGGAAAACAGCACAUGGAAGUGCAACAGGGGGCUUUUCAUGGUGCUGUUCAACCGACCACUUUUCAUCGUGAGCACUGGAUGGACUCGCAUAUUAGUGGUCGUCCGCACAGUGAUCCACCACAGUUGGAGCCUAAACGCGUGGCACCGAUUAAAGAUGGGAUGCGAUCAACUAUAGUCGGUCAGUCCAGACUGCGCCAUUCUGAUCCCACUUUGAAUUCCCAAACCAGUUCGAUAUCCAUUCAGCUAAAUCGGGGUCGUCAGCCGAUGCUCUCGAAUGACCAUCUCCUCACGGCAGAUGUGAAACCUAUCGAUACGGAUGUAGGAGGUGGAUCGUACGCCUCUCGUCGUGCAGUGUCCAUGGACCUUCACCCUUGCGAUGGACCAGCAUGGAGUUAUGAACCAGGGAGAACAGAAGAACGGAUUGUUCACAUUCGUACACCUUCGAUUCCUGAUCUCACAUCCGAUCCAACCCAAAUUCAAAUUUCACAAAGACACAAAACGUCAAAAAGAAAACUAUCCUCAUCUUCGACAGGCAGUGACAGCACAGAUAGUGACGUGGUGAACAUUAAUCAAUCCAGAGGAUUUCGACGUCUGUUGAUAUCAGAAAAUGGUUCAGUGCACGAGAUCGAACAGGAUCAAGCCUCAUAUUCAGACAUGGAAACUCGUUUACGUUUGUCUUUUAUAUCCGACCAACGCUGCAGCUCCGAAAGCAGUCUACACACGAGUCCCGAAUUGAGCCCCCGAUUGAACUCCCAGAAUGCUCCACAUCCAACUGUUGAAUCUAGCCCACAUGGAGAGUCUGACAGUGAUUCCCGUGCGAAGUUUGAAACUGUUCCGCUGGUGGACGACGAAGUACGCCACUUACCAAGUGUCGUAACUGAUUUAACCCGAUCGCAGGAAAUGUUGGGCGGGUUCGGUGGUGGUCCCAAUGAAUUUUAUUCCAUAAAACAACCUGUUCCAAACUUGGCGUUCGCAGAAAACUCACCAGUGAUUUUCAGGCGAUCUUACGCAAACUCGCGGUCCAACGGUUUUGCUGCACUUCCAUCGCCAACUCCAAGACGACGAGAGUUUAUGAAUGUUGAACUGAAAUCAAAUACCCUACCGGCAAACUUCCUUUCAAAAAAUGUCUCCGAAGAAAUUAGGCGUCGACAGGAGAAACUAUUUAAAGCUGUGAACCAGAAAGAACAAAAGAAAUCGAAUCUGUCCUGGUUCCACGAAUCAGAAGCACCUCGCCUAAUUCGAGAGUUUCAUUUGCCGCGACAAGCCCCACCUGACGGCUUGAACGAGAACGAUUUCCGCGACGUCCCUACAUGGUUUCAUGGAGUAAUGAAUAAAAUGCUGGCUGAGCAUUUGCUGCGAGCAGAUGGACGAAGCGGUGCCUUUCUCACGCGUGUCAGUUCCGCCUUCCCUGGUUAUGUGAUCAGCUAUUUGUUAGGUGAUUCAGUUCGGCAUCAGUUUGUUUCAGUUGUCAUUCCUGAAGAAACGUCUCUGUCCGAUUCGCAGCGGUCACUGACGGAGACAGCAUCGUACCAACUCUAUCCACAGACAAACUCCGGUCAUUUCGAGUCGUUAAGAGAUCUGAUACAUUUCUACAUGGAAACGAGUUUGGCCUCCCCAGAGAGACAGGUUUUGAUACACCCAGUGGGUCAAACAAAACGCAAGGGAGAGCUGCCCGAUUAUGCUGACCUUUUCUACUCGAAAUGCAACACUGACGACUAGUGUUCAAUCUUGUUCACGUGGUGAUUUGUACACUUGUAUCAAAACCUAGGUGACAGACUGACUGAAUCAUUUUUAACUGAAUUGUUACACGGAAUAUCUUGCUCUUUCGCUUCAUUCUGAUUACAAGAAGACAUGUUUUGACAAACCCUUUCGCGACAAAAAUACCGUGUUUCAUAGGCAGAAAAAUUCUGGACCCCGCGCAUAUUCACCAGAUUGAUGAAGUUUCCGAUCGUCUUUCAUUGAAGCUCACAAAUAUAUUCCAAAAACG